AUGCAGUCUUCGCUCUCAUAUCACGAACCCUCCAUCACCGUUAUAUCUAUACUUUCUGGAUUUCUUUUGUUGCUGAACUUGCUCAACUAUGGCCUAGACAAGGUCGCGUAUUGUGGCCUUAUCGGUCAGGUUGCUCUUGGCAUUGCUUGGGGUGGUCUAGCAACCUCGUUCAGAUCAUUGAAGGCCAACAUUGGUCUUUCCUCUGGCGUCGCUGUUACCGGCAUCCUUCUGCCCAUCGGUCUAUCCUUCGCUUUAAAGUCCAUGUUCAAUGCAUCCCCACUCCAGGCUUUUGCUGCAGGCGCUGCUCUCUGCUCAACAAGCCUGGGCACCACCUUCACCAUCCUAGGCACUAGCGGCCUCUCAACGACAAGACUCGGCGUCGUCCUAACAAGUGCCGCCAUGAUGGAUGAUGUGGUAGGUCUCAUCAUGGUCCAAGUCAUUUCGAAUCUGGGAGGAGACUCAUUCGAUGCCGUCACUGUCGUAAGACCCAUCAUGGUAUCCCUCGCCUUUGCAACUCUUAUGCCCCUCCUUGGCAGAUUCGUGGUGAUGCCUGUCACUGCCAAACUCAACACUUUCCGUGAAGCACACCCGUCUGGAAAGGUCUCUCAGCUACUCAAGUUGAGACAGACUGCCUUUGUUAUCCAUACAGCCCUUCUUCUCGGUCUUGUGGUGGGCGCUACCUUUGCAGGCACCUCAAGCCUCCUGGCGGCAUACAUUGCCGGCGCAAGCAUUAGUUGGUGGGACUCUGAGGUUCCUCACGUCCUAGACCGAGUACCAAGUACUUCUACUGGAGCUGAGACCACAGAAGAAAGAAAUCAGAGCAGUGAUAACACCAUUACGGACCAAGCAGCCCCCGCAAUCUCAGACCAAACAAGCAUAGCCCUGGCGAUGGACGGCGGAUCCGGCAUGGAGGUUUACGAGUGUUAUUACAAGACUGCCGUUGAGCAUAUCUUGAAGCCUUUCUUCUUUGCAUCCAUUGGCUUUUCAGUCCCCAUCACUAGACUCUUUUCUGGCCCUGUGGCAUGGCGAGGCAUCAUCUACACAGUCCUCAUGACCAUCAGCAAACUAGCCUGCGGUAUCUGGUUGAUUUCCUUUGCAAACCCCCUUCGACCCUUCCAAAAGAUCGCGCAGAGUCUUGCCGUCAUGUGCAAGAGAAAUCCAAAGCCCCUUGUCCCUGGGGCCCAGUGCGCAGACCCUGCCUCAGCCGCUCGGGAUAUCACGACGGCAUCGGAUCCGACAGAGGAGCGGGAGGCUGUACCUUUGGAGGCACUGGCUGAUACAAGUGCCCGUCCCGUUUCCCCUGAAGUACGCAAUUCAACGCCAAAGCCUGAAAAGGCCGUGUCUCUGUAUCCAGCAUGCAUCGUCGGUCUAGGAAUGGUUGCUCGAGGGGAGAUUGGAUUUCUAAUUGCUGCACUGGCUGAGAGCAAGGGAGUAUUUGGUCGCCCACCCAAUGGUCAGCCCUCGGAGAUGUUUCUUAUCGUGACUUGGGCUAUUUCCCUUUGCACAGUGAUUGGACCUAUCUGCGUUGGGCUUCUCGUAAAUCGAGUUAAACAGUUGGAGGCUGGAAGCCUGAAGAGCAGAGGCGAGGGUAAGCGGAAUGUUCUCGGGGCCUGGGGAGUGAGUUAG